UCGCUCGCGCAUGUGCGGCUUGCACGUGCCGCACUCCGCCCGCCGCCCGCACUCCGCCCGUUUUCGCCCGUAGCCGUUAUUGACCGCGGGCGCCGCCGCGCCGGGCGCUGCACCGUGUGCUCGCGUGUCGAGCCGCGGCCGGCGGCGGCGCACCGUCGUCGUCGGCCGCCGGUCGCCAUCCCCGCGUGUGUGUCGCCGCCUCGGAGCCCGCGGCACGCCGCCUGAGCCGGCUUAACGUUUGCGUCGCUCGGUGUGAAUAUGUGCAGCCUGGCAGCGCUGGCGCGCGGCUGCCGGCCCGCCGCCAAGCCGUGCUGUCUUUGCUGGUGCUGUUGCUGCUCCUGCUCCUGGGCCAAGUGUCUGGCGGCGCGCGGCUCCGAGGGCGGUCCCGGCAAGAAGCCCCGCGAGCCGGGCCCGCAGGAGCCGCUUCUGGCCGACGGCGACGCGCCGCCGACACUAGAGGAGAUCCAGAGCUGGGGGCAGUCGUUCGACCGGCUGAUGCGUAGCGCAGCCGGACGCAAGGUGUUCCGCGACUUCCUGCGCGGGGAGUACUCGGAGGAGAACAUUAUGUUCUGGCUCGCGUGCGAGGAGCUCAAGCGGGAGACGGACCCCGACGCUGUGGAGGAGAAGGCGCGCUUCAUCUACGAAGACUACAUCUCCAUACUCUCUCCCAAGGAGGUGUCGCUGGACUCGCGCGUGCGUGAGAUCGUGAACCGCAACAUGGUGGAGCCCACGCCGCACACGUUCGACGAGGCGCAGCUGCAGAUCUACACGCUCAUGCACCGCGACUCCUACCCGCGCUUCGUCAACUCGCCGCUCUACAAGACGCUGGCGCGGCUGUCGGGCGCCGACCCCUCCGCGCCGCCCGCGCAGGCCCCGGCGUCCGCGCCCGCGCCCGCGCCCGCCUCCGCGCCCGCCGCGUCCGUGCAGUGACCCCGCCGCCGGCGCCGCCCCCGCGGGCCCCGGCGACCCUUCUCGUGUAAAUAGCCUCGAUAUACAUUCAUUUAAACGGGUACUAAUUUUGUACAUAGCUAGGUUAAGUGUGAGAGUAGGUGCGGUGCGGUGCGCCGCCACCGCCGCCGUCGCCGCGGCCACUUCGCUGGUCCACCGCCCCGACACGGUUCGCCCGGUCCCGGCCCCCCUCCUGUCCCGGCCCCCUUCCUGUCCCGCUCCCCGACCCGCGCCCCUCCUGUGUCCUUCCCGCGCCCGCCCCGUGGAUGGCGGUCCCGAACGCACACGCCGCAGCGCGCAACUAGUUAGAAGCAAUAAAGGUGGACCAAUUAAGUUUGCCGAAGAGUCAACGAAUAAAUCUGUUCAUGUACGUG